AUGUUCCACCCACAGCAAGAACAAGGCCAGCCAUCUUGCCGCCAAAACACAGAAGAAACUGAUACAGACUCAGACGAAAGCGAAUAUAACAAAGCCCCAGAUGCCCCCCUGACUCCGCACAACAUGCAAACCAUGCUCAGGAAAGCCACCACGGACAUUAAGUCCCACCUGGCAUCGGAACUUGACAAAAGACUCUCAGGCAUCAAAGAAGACAUUGAAUCCCUGACAAGCAGGACCAACCACAUGGAGGCACGCAUAAAGGAACUCACCACAUCUUCCCAGGCACACUCUCAAGACAGUACAUACCUGCAUGCUAAAAUUGAAGCAAUGGAAGAAAGCCUGGAGGAUCUGAAUAACAGGUCCCAAAGAAAUAAUAUCCAGAUCCGGGGCCUACCCGAAGCGGUCACGAUGGAAGGCCUGCACAAUGUACUCAAAGGCCUGUUCAAAUCCAUUCUGCCUGAGGCCUCCGCACAAGACCUCCUCCUAUACCGGGCACAUCGGGCCCUAAGGCCCCAGGGACAUAAUGGUCCGCCUGCAUUUCUUCGCAAUUAA